CAACUUUUUCAGUUGAGAUAUCUUCAAUAUGUUGAUAUGAGUAGCAACAAUUUCCAUGAUAUUCCUAAAGAGAUAGGGAAUAUGACAGAGUUGCGGCAUCUUCAAUUUUUGGACUUGAGUAAGAACCACCUAGAAGGAAUGUUCCCACAAUGGCUUGCUGAAAUGGAAGUUGGAUUUAUAAUUUUGUCAGAUAACAAACUCACAGGUUCUCUCCCUCCUUCUCUUUUCAACUCUACAUAUUUAAAUAUUCUUUCCCUGUCUCAGAACAAGUUUUAUGGACAACUACCAAGCAACAUUGGUAAUGCCACCUAUCUUAUGUCUCUUAUGCUAAAUGACAACAAUUUUUCAGGGAAGAUUCCUGAAUCCAUUUCCAAUCUUCGUACCCUCACCCUAUUGGACUUGUCCAAAAACAAAUUUUCUGGCAAUAGUUUACCAGAUUUUAGCUCUAAUAUAUGGCCCCAAAUCAUUGAUUUAUCUUCAAAUGAAUUCUCAGGUGAAAUUUCAACAAACUUUUCCAUCCUGACUAGAGUUCUUUCAUUAGGAAAAAAUAAGUUUUCUGGCAUCAUGUUUACAAAUCUAAAUAAUAUGCGCCAACUUGAAUGCCUAGACAUCCAUGACAAUAAAAUCACAGGUGAAUUUCCGGAUUUUAUCUGCCAAAUCUCCACCCUUCGAAUACUAAAUUUAAGGAACAACUCUUUUCAAGGUUCAAUCCAUGAUUGUAUUUCCAAUCUUACUAGCCUCCAAAUUCUUGAUCUUUCAAACAACCGUCUUGUUGGAAAAAUCCCUGCCAAGUUCGGAAAUUUUACUGGUAUGAUUAAAACACCUAACGAGUCAGUAGGUGAUGUUAUUGGUUUUAUGACUACUUCUUUCAGCUUCCAAGGCAAGAUUAAUGAUCUGAUCCUCAAUUGGAAGAAGUCAACACAAGGUCUAUCUUGGAAAAAUCUAAACAUCUACUCUUUGUUAGACUUGUCAAUGAACCAACUUUCAGGUGAAAUUCCAACUACUUUAGGUAGUUUGAAGGCUCUAAAGACUUUCAACGUCUCACAUAACAACCUUUAUGGGAGAAUACCAGCAAGUCUUGGUGAUUUGUUGAAUCUAGAGAGUUUGGACUUGUCACACAACAAUUUAUCGAGCUCAAUUCCAAAAUCACUAGCAAACUUGCAACAAUUAUCUAUUUUGGAUGUCAGUAACAACAAGUUGGCUAGUAGGAUUCCACGUGGUAGCUAAAUGGAUACAAUGAAUGAUCCAAAUUUUUUUGCCAACAAUAGUGGGUUGUGCGGAAUGCAAAUUUGAGAGCUAUGUCCGGAAGACUUUCCACCACCAAAACCACCAAAGGUUGAGAGUAAGGAAAGAUGGUUCUCAUGGGAAGGAGUGGGGAUUGGAUAUGCAGUCAGCUUCAUCAUAACAGUGGAAGUCCUAUAUCUUGCCAAGUAUUUUGUCCCUGCAACACCUCCAAAUUACCGCCGUCAACAAAGAAGGCGAAGAAUAUAAAUUAUGCAUGUUGUCUAUGGUCAAAGAUCUAAAUCCCAGCAUUGUAAAGGCUUUCAGUCAAACAAAUAAUAAUGACAAGUGGACCAGUGGUCAUUCAUAAGUAUCAACAGGUAAUUUGGCUUGAGGGGCGACCAUUUAUCAUGUUUGGGGGGUAAACAUUAAAAGGUUCACAAUGGUAAAGUGAGAAGUAAAGUGGAGUUGCUGAAAGCUAUUGCUUAUGAUGUAAAAGUUGUUUGUUUCGGUUGUAGUUUAGUAGCCAGUGAGGCUUAUCUCUUAUUUUCUUUUAUUUAGUUGAGGUGUUGUUUUGUUUUUGUUUUUGUUUUUUUUUUUUUUUUACGUUGCUGCCACUUGUUUUGUUGCCUGUUUGCGCAUGACUACCAUGAGGUUGAAUAAAAUCUUGCUUGUUUAUCCAAAAGAA